AUGUAUGCCCAACCAAAAUCCGGUCCGUUUCUCGCUCAUUGGCCCGAAGUAACCGGCUUUUUAACUUUUCCGUUUUCCCCAAAAUACGCCGCCAAUCUCCCGGUGCAAAUUCAUCGCUCCCUUUUUUUUUCUGCCCUAGAUUCAGAGGUUUGUUUGUGCGGAGGAGGAAAAUUGAAAAGAUCGUAGCUUUCGCGUUGCCUUGAUUCGCCUUUCCAACACUAAACCGCCCCCCCCCCCCCCCCCCCACCACCACCCCACAAAAAAAAAAAAAAAAAAAACCGAACAGAUGAGCGAAGGUGGAAAAGACACGGGUGUCGCCGGCAACCCGCAGAGCCGGUACUAUUAUGGGACUUUUCAGGGCGUCGCCAACUAUCACCCUCCUCCGCAACCACCUCCUCAUCCGGUCGUCGGUUUCCCUCAGCCUGUUGCCCCUAAUGUCUAUGACGUCAAUCCUCAGUACUAUUCCCAUGGAUAUAAUAACUAUGCAACAGGUUAUGCGGUUGUUGAAGGAAGGGCCUUGAGAGAACAUAGACUUCCCUGCUGUGGUCUGGGCAUGGGAUGGUUCUUGUUUAUUAUUGGUUUCUUUUUAGGUGGCAUUCCUUGGUAUGUUGGCACUUUUGUUCUACUUUGUGUACAUGUGGAUUAUAGAGAAAAGCCGGGAUAUGUUGCGUGUGCAAUAGCUGCUAUCCUUGCCAUGAUUGCUGUUACUCUUGGCGUAACUAAGGGAUCUCACGCCUGGUGAGGCUUAUAUGCAAUGCAAGACCAAACUGUAUAUUUCAAAUGUAGAAUUCUGUAAAAUGAAUGGUUUGUAUUUUAGUGCAACUUUAAAUAUUAUUUUCAAUGUUUAAAGACAAUUAUGGAUAUUGUUCAAGGUGCCUUUGAAAUAUUAGCAACGUCUCUUGUAAAUGUAUACUAAUUGGAAGGGGGAAUAACAAACAAGUAAAUGACAAAGACAAGGUGUUGUCUUGGGAAUAUUCAAUGCUAA